AUGACUUCUAUGCAAGGCAAAGUGACCUGGGCAGGAAAGACAUCUAUGGAGGUCACAAUGAAGCUGGACCAGGAAAUUGAUCAGAAUUGGAAGCAGUUGCUUGAAGCCAAAUUUUUGAUGGUUGCAAGAAAUCCUGCUACUAAAAGUGCUGCUGUAAUAAACAAAUUGAUACCGGAAGGUCCCGAAGAGGAGGCAUUGUUCAAACUCGGUGAAGACACGAAGGCUCAGCGGAUGUUGGAAAGUCAGAAGACAUUGUUAAAGACACCGCCAGACGAGAACGAACGUUUGCUGAUACAUAACUUGUUCCUAGGGACCCUGGAUCCGAAAGCAUCGACGUUCAAAGUUCCGGUUAAACCAGAAUGCUCUGUUUGGAUGGAGGAUACCCUUCUGAAGAAUCUGGUCAUUUGUAUGCCAGAACAACGUAAUCUCUACAACAAAAUCUUUGGCGGUUUUCUAAUGCGAAAGGCUUUUGAGCUGGCUUAUGCCAAUGCUUGUCUCCAUUGUAAAGGUCGAGCAAAAGUGUUGGUUGUCGACGAUAUCGCCUUCAAGAAAUCAGUUGAAGUAGGAUCGUUCUUGUUCCUUUAAUCACAGGUUGUUUACACGUUGGACAAUCACAUGAUGGUGAAGGUACACGCCGAGGUUGUCAACCCGAAAGACGAUUCAAGGGAGACUACCAAUGACUUCUACUUCAUGUUUGCGGCGCAGACCACAGCAGUACCGAGAGUUAUACCGAAGUCUUAUGCAGAGUCUAUGCUUUAUCUGGACGGCAAGAGACAUUUUGAUUCGUGAAAGAAAACUGUUCCCAGGGAUCAAAUGUGAACGAAAAAUUCCCUCCAAGCGGGAAAUAUUUUAAAAAUAAAUAUGGGAAUAAUUUAUGUCUAGAUACAUAUACAACAUUUGAUGUCAAAUGAUCAGAGCAAUAAUUUUCACAACAGAUGUAUAGCUAGUAUCCUACAUUUGUGUGUAUGUAAAUGAUAUACUUUUAAUCAAUUUGUUUCGCAUCUGAUUCUCUAGCGUUUUUAUAAAAGCUUUUUAAUAGAAUCUCAAUAUGAUUUAUGUUUUGGACCAUCCUUGUUCAGAACAAUGUACAUUUUUUUCUGUUAACCGCCUCUACGAAUUGAAGUUGGUAUUCUGGAUUCAUAAUGGCCGUACAUCGGUCAUGUCCGUUCGUCGGUCUACGUAAACUUGUUCGCAGAUGUCCAUUUACGUAUCAAGCUUUCAGCGUUUAUCAUGCUUUAUUGCUUAUGAAAACUUAUCAUUCUAUUAUUUGUAUAUUCCUACAGUAUUUAUUGCAUAAAGACAAAACUCUUUUUCAAGUUACAA